AUGGCUAGUCAAAGAUAUCAGCUUAAAGACGAGACCGGCUACGGUGAUCCGUUGGGUGAUUGCGACAACUUCAACUUGUUGGCCUUCAUCAAUAGCAAUGGCGACACACCAGCCGACAGCCCAGCCCCUGGCUAUCCACAACAAUAUCAAGCUCAACAUCAACAACAGUUCAUGAUGCAGCAACAACAACAGCAACAGCAGCAACAAAUGCGCCAAGUCCAACAGCCGGUCUGUUUGGACAAUGUCAUGUUGGCUGCUGGCUAUCCCCAAUCGACUCAAUCCAGACUGCCAGACUCGCCACCAAUCACUGACAUUUCGGCUGGCGCUUCAAGUGGAUCUCCAAGUUCAGAUGCUCCGUACUCACCCGACCAAUACGCUCAGUACCAGUACCAACAGCAACAACAGAGACAGAACAACAACAUGAUGAACAACAGGAUGGGUCAGAUGCACAUCCAAGACCCCAAUAUGAUGCGACAACCGUUGCAACAAACCCAAGUAUCUCCCAAUUCUGAUUACAUGAGCUAUCCAUCUCACACCCCACCUUCACAACUCUCACCUCAACAACUUAACCAACGCAACCAGAACUUUUUGCAACAGCAACAACAAUACUCGAUGGACAUGUACUUGAACGAGAAUGACGCUACUGACUUCAGCGACAUCAUCGACAACCCUAACGUUCGUGCUGGUCAAAAGAGAAGAAGAUACGAUGGUCCUCUCACCCAAAUUAAGAAUGAACAAAUGAUUCACCCUGCCCAGACUCCCAUGCCAAUGGGACACAUGAUGAACUCUAGCUCGUCCUCUCCUCACUCCGGAUCAGUAGAAGAGUUCGACGAGGGGCCUCAUCAUCGUACCAUCAAGUUCAGUCCAUUCGAUCCCAACAACUGGGCUCCACUGUACGAUGAACGUCGCCAACCCAUGGCUCAUCCCUUGGUCAAUGUCAUCGCUGAUAAGGGCUUCAACUUUGUUCAGCCUGACAACUGUUUCGUGAAUCAGAAGAAGAACCACUUCCAGAUUACUUGUCACGUCGAAGUCAAGGAACGACCAGCUUACGUCUGCAUCGACAAACAGCUGAAGCCCAUCAGAAGAUUGAAAAUGAUGUUCUGUGGAGUCAAGUCAGAAAUGACUUCCAGUGAAAUCCCGAUUCGUCAAUCUCAAACUGACCGCAAGCCCAUCAAACACGAUGGAGAAGAAAUGAUUCUGGAGCCACACAAGCUGGCCAAGAAGACCGUGCCCCGGCUACACUUCUCAGAAACCACUCUGAAUAACCAUCGCAAGAGUGGCAAGCCCAACCCAGACCAAAAGUACUUCUUAUUGGUCGUCAAGUUUGUCGCUGAAGUUGACAAUGGUUACGUUAUGAUGCAAGGCUACGCUUCGGACAAAGUUAUCGUCAGAGCCUCAAAUCCAGGGCAAUUUGAGAAUCAAGAGAACGAUGUUGGAUGGCAGAAGACUAGCAACACACUUCACUUCAAUGGUCAAGUUGCUAUCGGCACUGAUCGUCCCUUAGACAAUGCCCAGCUGUCUGUUAUGGGUAAUCUUGUAGCUACUGGCAACGUUACCCGUCCAUCUGACAGAAGAGUCAAAGAAAACAUCGUACCGGUCGAUACUCGAGACGCCAUCGAAAACAUUAACAAAAUGCGUAUAGUUGAGUACUCAUACAAACCGGAAUUGGCGGAGCAAUGGGGUUUGUCCGAGAAAGACCGUCAUCGUGUUGGUGUGAUUGCUCAAGAAUUGGCAGAAGUUCUUCCAGAUGCCGUGAAAGAGAAUGGAGAACUCUACACCGUGGACGAGACCAGAAUUUUCUACGAAGGAUUCGCGGCAGCUCAAGAACUCAGUCGUCUCUAUGGUCAUCUAGAUGGUCGCGUUGAUAAGGUUCAACAGAUUGCCGAGCUACUGGCCAAAGAUGCCAGAAGACGCAAGAAGUUAGGUGCUUCUAUGGCUUCUGGACUUUCUGGAUUGACUCAACUGGUCGGUAAAGAAGAAGAGCAAAAGUUGGGAGAAAGCUCGAAAUUCUUGUCGCAAUCCCAACUUUCGAUCACUUCAUCAACACCAUCCAUUGACGCUAGCCAAAUUGGAUCAGCUAGUCAAGUUGGAUAUCGUGGCUACAAGAAAUACAGAAAGGGAAGUGCUAGAGAUCCACCAUUGUGCGGUUCCAAGAUGACACAGUUCACCAUGAUUGCUUUGGUCUUCAUUAUGUCAAUGUGUCUUGUAACCAUGUGCACUCUCUACGUUCUCGACUGGUACAACCGAACAUACGUCUACACUCCUCACUCCUUCCCCAGAAACCCACCCACCACCCCGCCAAUGCUAAUGGACAAUAUAAUCGACCUGACCAACAAAGAAUGGUCUCCGCCAGAACAAGAUCUUAUUCAUCCUCUACUAGCAUCAUGUGCCCUAGGAGGCAUGAAUUGUCCUAUAUAUUGUUGUGCCUCUCCAUCCGCCUACAACAUGAGUGAAACCGAAGACGGAGUUGAUGGAUUCGUAGCAUUGGCCAAGCCUGAAGGCAAAGUUCAAGAAAGAAUGUCGGCUGUCAUUUCAAAUGAUAGUGGAAAACUGAAGCCAUUUGGAAGUGGAGUGGAGAUCAAGUUGACUGAUCUUAAUGUCACUUUAGACGAGAGAUUCUGUGUUGAAGGCAGCUGUGCACCAAGAAAAGGACGGUACAAUCUGUACGUACCAAUCUCUGGAUACAUGCCCACCAUUUCUUUGCACGUCAAGUUAACGUAAGUUGUUUUGGCUCUUCAUUAUUAAGUUUUUUCUAGAUAUUAUUUUAGAGAUUGUAGGAAUUCUACCGUUAAAUUAUUAAAUUUUAUGUUGCUAUUGUUGACUUAAAACAUUAAUAAUCAAAUUUCAGCGUACCAAAAGGCAUGUUCGUUGACAAUUGUGGAGCUUUGAAAGGAUUCAAGCACAAGUCAUGCGAGUUCGAAACCGCUGACGAGGAAACAGUCGCCCAGCCGGAUAUGUUCAAGGUAAGACCAAUAACUUAACUUAGCUAUUUAGAUUUUAAAAAUUAACUAAUUUCCCAAUUUUAAAACAAAAAUUUCAUUUAAUACCCCAUUUAUUUGAAAAAUUAUAUCUAUAUUCGUGUUUCUGAGCAUUUUCUGAUCAGAAAACAUCUCUACAAUAUUUUCCAGAUGGACUCGACCACCUUCCAAAUCACCGCAGGCGAAUUCAUGCAGAGUGCAUAUCGCUUCCGUGUUGGACAUUCGACCAUGUCAUGUCAGAUGAGCGAAGACCAACAAGGCCGCUCCUUCGACGAGUUCAACCUGGUCUUCUACCGCAAAUGUGUUUAA